CGCCCCCCAAAAAGUUAUCGAAAGCUGCCCAGCUCCGGGCGAUUUGUUUAUAUUUUUUUUUCGCUAAACAAUUUCGCUUAAAAUGUAGUUUUUCCGUUAAUGAAAGCGAUUAAGUGGGUAAUUCCGUCUUAAGCAAAGUGCCCAAGUUGCCGUUCAAGGCUGCAUUAGGAAGCUCAGCCAUGGAUUCGGACUGCGAGGGGGCGGCUGCUGCGUUGGCAGAUGACUCCGGCCACUUUAGCUGCACGAGCGAUGAGGGCGGCGGUGAUCCUGGGCAGACGUCGAUCCCGGAUCGGGAACAGACAAUGUUCUCGGUGAGACAAGAGCUACUGAGGUCGCGCAGUGAGGUGGAACGCCUUCUGAAAUCAGAGCACUGGUACAAGCAAGAGCUCAAGUCACAGAAGCACAGUCGCCUGGAAACCUUAGAGCGCCUGUACGCCCAGGAACGCAAGUAUCUGGUGGAGAACCAACGACUGCAGCAGGAGUCCUUCCGGCUGCAUGCGAAAUGUGCCACGCUGGAGAAGCAGCAGGAACAGGGAACCCCAAGGUCCCCCACUACUUCUUCCCUGAAAAGUGAAUCAUCGCCGGACGCAUCAUUUGAGGCCAAACAGCAGGAGGCUCGUCUCCGUGAUCAACGUCAACUAAUAGAUGUCCUGCGCAAACAGAAGAAGAUGCUCUUGGAGGACAUACAGAGACUCAGUCUGGAGCACGACGAGAAGCUGGGACAGUUGCAGCAGACCUUGGCUGGCAUGGAACUGGAGAGCAAGCUGAUGACGGGGAGAUAUAAGCAGCUGCUGGACGAGAAGAGUCAGAUGGAGCACCAGCUUGAACUGAGGAGCUCCGCCCUGCGUAGUGUCAAUGCCGAGAGGGAGCAGCUCCGUCAGGUCAUAGCCGAGCUCAAUGAGACCCUGCAAACGCAAGAACACCUACUGGCCCUCAAAGAGCAGGAGUUCCUCGAUCUCAAGCAGUACUACCAGCAAAAGUUGACCCGGGAAAGCAGCGUUGAUGUGAUGCACUCCUACAGCCUGAAAUUUCAUGAGGAGAUCAACAGCAAGACGAGUGAGAUUGCCGGCCUGAAGAACUCCCUCAACGAGCUUCGGUCGGAGUUGCUGAUGAUGUCGCAGUUGAAAGAGGAAAACGAGGAGCAACAGCGCCAGCUGGAGCAGCUGGAAUUCACCCUGCAAGCUCAACUCUUGGAGCAAGAGCAGCUGCGACAGAGUGACGCCCUCAAGUUGGAGCAGGUGGAGAAUCUGACCCUUUCCUUGGCUUCCUUACAGCUGGAGAAGGAAAGCCUCAAGGAAAACCUGCAAGAGGCACAAAAAAGGCUGCAGAAGUUGGAGCAUGAGGUGCGCAGGCUUCAUGGACAACAUGGUGAGAUGCGUUCGAUGUGUGAGGAAACAAAGCGGCAACUGGAAGAGGAACAAGGGCUUGUGGAAAAGUUCAAGAAGCAAAGUUCCUUGAGGGAAAGCGAAUUGAUCGCAAAACUCAACAACUACUCAGAUCUGUGCGAACAGUUGAGGACAGAUCUAGCCGCGACAGAGUCCCAAAUGCAUGACCAAAGCCAGCAGGCAGAGAUCUGGCAGCAGAAGCUCAAAGUAAUAGAAGAAUCUAGCCAACAGAAAGUAAAGCAGUGCCAAAACCAAACCACACAAACCGAUGUCGAGGAACCCAUUUUACUCCAACGCAUUGAGACUUUGGAGCAGCAACUGGCGGAUGUCAAGGCUCAAAAGAAGCAAACCGUUUCGCUGCUGCAGCAGCUUCUGCAACAACAAGAUGCCAAGAUAAAGAGCACCAACGAAAUGGAGGCAGACUGGACACAGCUCCUGGAGGCUUUGCAAGCCACUCAACAGUUGGAGCAGGAAAUGCGUGCCGAGCUGCAGCACAAAACAGUCGAAUUAGAGCAGCUUAACGAAUUGUUUGCUGGUCAAAACGAAGAGCUGCAUCAGCUGCAGCAAUUGGGCCUGGCCAAGGACGAGGAGAAUCGGCUGGAGCUGCAGCUGUUGAAGGAGACAUUCCAGGAGAAUCUGGAGAAUCAUUCUGCCGAUUCGAUGAACAUUCAAAGGCUUCAAAGCCAGGUAAAGUCGUUGCUCGACGAGCGGGAGGAGACCACACGGCAGGAGCACAAAGCGUUGGACUGCCUAAGGUCCUUGACGCAAGUGCUGGAAAUCGAAACCGGCAGAAAGCUGCAGCACCUAAAAUCCUGGCCUCAGCUAGCCAAGCUUCUGCGAAAGGAGCUGCGAAACGGGAGGGCUGCCCAUCGGAAGGCUGAGGAGUUGCCGGGCCUAAAGCUUCAACUGGCGGAGAUCAGCGGAAUGCACGAGCAAGCUUUAGCCAGAAUAAAGGCUCUGGAACAAACUCUGGCAGCGGAAAGAGUGCGUUACGAGGCUUCCGACUCCGGCAAGUCCACCUGCUGUUCAGCGCCCCCCGAACCCGCCCACGAGGUAGCCAAUCUGAUCGAUGACUACAAGAAGCUCGUCCAACAAACCGCCAGGGAGACGGGUCGUCCGCGCAACAGCUUCAUUCUGGAGUUGAUUGAGCGUAGCAAGCGUUGCCAACCGAAUCUGUGCCAACUAAGCGAGGCCCUCAAUGCCUGCCGCUCGGAUGCGGAACAGCUGAGUAGGCUGCUCAACGCUGGCAGGGAUCAGAGAGGCGCCGGGGCCAUACCCUCCCUUAUGGAGGAGCUACGUGCAGUGGCAGAACAUUCUUAGAUUUAGCAAAGUUUAGUGCAUAAUUUUCCCAAAGUACUUACGUUCGUCUCGAAUUUUGUGUGUGUUCAAAGGGUGCAAUUAUUGUUUUUUUUUUGUGUAUAACCUAGUCCUUGGGCCUAUAACACCCGAAAUACCCUACCUAGCUGAAUUGUUUGAAAUACCUACUGUUUUUCUGUUUGGUUAUUUACUAUAUUUGUUUUGCUUUAUGUUUAAGUUUAUACUAAAUACCAACACUAAAUGGCAAGUAAAACAACCAUCUUCUAAAGUGUA